AGUUCAAAACAUGUUCCAGAUUCGACCUCUAGGUGAAUAUUCAUGUCGACUUUUUACUGUAAUCUAUAGGACAGUACUCACAUCUAUAUCUCUGGACUCUUCACGGUAAAUGGGGGAACACUGACCCCACUACGGCGACUGACAUUGACUAUCAACAGCAUGGAAACGGUUUACAGACACUCAAGCUUUACAGAAGUAUAAUGACGACUGGCCAAUAGACACCAAAAGAUUUUUAGUCAGUACAAGCAACCAAAUAAAGGGCAAUUUCAGUGUCAGACAAUCUUUCGUUUUGCAAUUUUAAUUUCCCAGCGCGCCUCAUCACGGAUUCCACGGUCACUGUUUAGAGCCUAGCUUGGGUCACGUGAUGUGUGUGUGUGUGUGUGUGUGUUUAUCCGUUGGUGCUGAACGACAGCGAAGUCUCGUCGCGGAGGACACAGAUCCACGACGACUGGCUGCGAGACGCCCCAAUCGGCCCACAUGCCCAACAACUGAAGGACCGUACGUGAAAUCAUCUGGUGGAUCGCAAUGAUGAUUUCCCCUUGGGACCAGUCGCAGUCCACGGGCUGCUGCCUCUGUUGCCACGUUCGGACGGGCACCAUUAUACUCGGCAUCUGGUACAUGCUCAUCAAUGCUGUGGUGCUGCUCAUUUUGCUGACUUCCCUCAGUGACCCUGACCAGUUCCACCUGACCAGUGCUGAACUGGCCAAUGACCUCGAUGUCAUGGAUGAUGCUAAUAUGUGCAUUGCUACAGCAAUCUCGCUUCUAAUGAUAUUGAUUUGUGGAAUGGCAACAUAUGGUGCUUAUAAGCAACAUGCUGCCUGGAUAAUCCCGUUCUUCUGCUACCAAGUAUUUGAUUUUGCCCUUAAUUUAAUGGUGGCCGUCAGUGUUGUGGUGUACCCCAGCACCAUUCAGCAAUAUCUUCAGGAGCUGCCAGGGAACUUCCCGUACAAGGAGGAAUUUAUGUCCAUGAACAGUAUGUGUCUGAUGCUUAUCGUGCUUCUCUUCAUCGGUUGCAUCCUUGGUUUCAAGGCUUACUUGAUUAGCUGUGUCUGGAACUGCUACAGAUAUGUCCGAAGGAGAAGCACCACUGAGGUGUUGGUGUACGUUACUACUAAUGACACUACGGUGCUCCUGCCCCCAUAUGAAGAGGCUGUGGCUAUUCCACCGAAGCACCCCCCUCCCCCAUAUCCUGGGGCAUGACAGAAUGUGCCCCUCCCUUCCCCAUCCCUCCCCCGGUCUCUCAUUUGCGGGCAGGUUUCACUCUCUAAUGCACAGUCCCAGUCUGACAUCCAUCCAGCCUGUGUGUAUCCACUGUACAAAACACUGUCACCUUGUUCUCUCUGCACCCAGAGAGACAUUUAGCACAUUUUAAUGCAUCAGUUUCCAUUCACUUUCUACCCACAUUAUGUUUAAUGAUCUAAAGUUAGAGGUUCUGCUGGAUGUAUUAGGCCUUCAGGUAUGAAAGUCAUAUAUAGUCUUAAUUUGAUGUGUAAUCACCGGUCAUGAUAUUGAGAUAUAAACAUACAUAUCACUACCAUUUAUAGUCCAGACGUCUCCAAAUUCUACAUUUUCUUUUGUUGCUGCUGAUUGUAAAAAUAUAACAGUUCACCGUGAAUACAGUAUCUUGUCAAGACUGCAAAUAGAACCAUGGGGCCAUGAGUCAGGGAACAGGGCCUUUAUUUGGGGGAAUUCGAGCUGUUUCCAGAAGCAGUGAGGAUAGGGUAGGGGUGGGAAUUAAAUUAUAACGUUUGGAAUGGAGACAGGAAAGCUUGCAGUUCUGCCAGCAUUUCUAUUCAGGUUACUAGGGCUUGAGAACAAAAAUGUUGCAGCAUUUUAUAUUCAUUGGACUAAUGGAGCUAAUCAGAAUGCAAAAUGCUGGUCACCUGACAGCUAUAGGCCACGCCUCCUCCUUAAUUACAGGGCUUUAAAAACCCCCUUAAACUUUGCAGUGUCAUUAUGCUCCUCAAAAUAGAAUUGCUGUUUUGAUUUACUCCAAGAGGCCAAUUUUCUUUUCUUAUUUUAUUUUUUUUGUCUGAAAUCACCUUUACAAAUGAGUUUUUGUCAAUGGUUGCACUUUAGUAGGGAAGAUAUGCCAGAUGAAGCAAUUCCACAUAUGGGGGUGUCCAGAAAUUUGCACCUACCCGGUUAUCAAAUUUAAAUGAUCUCAUGAUUUUCUGUGUGUAUAAAUUAGGGGGUGCAUUGAUAUCCAUAAUCAGUAUCAGGUCUGAUACAGUGAUCAUGUACACAUACUGAUCCUCGUAAUAAUGACGUGAUGUAGCCGCGAUAUCGUUAAUGAGAGAAAUAAAUGGGACCACGAAAUGUUUGGUGGCGCUUCAAAAUUAACCACAAAAACCAAAGCAUGGCAGACUGCAAACUGUGCUGUGCUAAAAUAUGAUACAAAAACAAGUUUAUACAACACAAGUAAUCUAAUUAAACAUCUGAAAACUAAACAAGAAAGAGUGUGAUGUAAUAGCCUCCAAAACACUCUGCAACAACCCACCAUGCAGCAAACAUUAGCACAGAGCGAGAAAAUGUCAAACUUCAACCCCCAUCCAGGAAAAACAGCAGCAGCUCUAAGCCGGUAUAUAUUGUUCUUGACGAUCAAGCAUAAUGUAAUGGUGGUAAGCAGAGAAUAUUAGACUUUCUGAGACAGUUUGGGGUAUAAAAAGUUUGUGAAUCACUACUAUAGAGUACCAGAAAGCGAGCAUCAGUACUCGUACUUGGCCUGAAAAAAAUGGUAUCAAUGCAUCCCUAAUAUAAAUAAUAUUGCAGCAUGUGUCAUUGUCCAUAACAAUAAUUAUUAUUUUUGAGCUGAUUGUUUGCAUUCUUCAGUUGAGUGUCUUCAUUUCUAAAUGUAAUUUUCUAUGCAAGAAAUAGGAGAAAAGUCAAAAACAUUUUUUUUUAAACUAGGCUAUUGCAACAUAAUGCAGAUCGUCUGUCUCUCUGGGUUCAAUACUGGUAGGCGGUAUUUCUGGAAAAAUGAUGGACCAAGCUUUCAGCUGGAGCAUAAACACUAUGUAUUGUCUUUAUCCAAAUGAAUUAUGUUUCUGUAACUAAACAACCAGGUCACUGUCUAGUAUUUUCUGACAUCCACUGUCGUGUAGGAUUCUAAAGCAUACUGGUGGUUAAUACUAUACAUGGCACACUUAAAGUGCAUAUUACUGUAGUGCUAAAAAGUUUGGAUAUCGACAUCUGUGCUAAGAGAUUAUGCUUGAAGUAGGAACCAGUAAGGCAAGCAUACCUUUUACUGUAAUGUUUUUGCUGGAGCCAGUGACAUGUUCUACUUUUAUAUCUUUAUAUCUUCAAAGGAUAGCUGAUAUAUAUAUAUAUAUACACACACACACUUGCAAUAUUACAAAUGUUGCUAUUGAAUCGUUGGUCCUCGGUCACCACUGGUGAAAACACAAUCUGUUUGUUAUAUUACAUUCUUUUAUGCUGUAUAAAUACUGAUUGAAAGUGCAUGCAUACUGAUCUUUGUACAUGGCAUAAACCAACGGCUCCAGAGCCAAUAAGUGGGAGAUAAGCACUUUAUUCCACUGGAACAUUUAAACGGGGAUGAGUGGAAGUGUGUUCCAUCACUUUUUUCGACCUUCAAAAACAUCCAUCCAUCCCAUUCAUCUAUCUUCUGUUUGUCCUGGUCAAGCUUUGAAAAAUACCCAAGGUUAAAAAUGCAGAAGGUAGGCCAGUUGAACAAAUGUUUUUUUUUCCCAGUGUAAUGUUCAUUCAGAUACCUUCAUAUUGUUGUAAGAGCUGAGAUGGUUUGUGUUUUGGUUUAAAAUAAAGUUUUGAGUUUCAUCCACAAAA